GCUUCAUUUGGCCAUGACCAGUUGGAGGGAAAACGGACUUCCCAUACUGUACAUUGUUUUGAUGCCGAUGUGACAAGGCUGCUUUAAUCCAAAGGAUGAAAGAGUGAUGUGUGUCCUGACAAAUGCGACAGCAGGCACAUGAGUUACCAUUUUGCACAAGCAGUCGGAGGUGGAAGUCGAGAUUUCAGAACUUGCUGAUAAGAGCACUGUUGCAGCGGCUGAAUGGAGCGUUGCGCGGUGAUUUUCCUUGUGUUGGCGUCUCUCAUGGCAGCCUCUCAAUGUGUCGACCGGCACUUUGAGGUCACAACCCAAAGCCCGUCCAUUAAGGAAGGCUCCUGCAUCGAACUGAACCUAACGUCUACGAGCAAACUCCCCAUCUUGCCGACCAACUGGUUUUGGAUGAAAGACGCACACCGGAGCGCCCCGCGGGACAACUUCAACGGCAGCGUCAUUCUCAGCUCCGACGCAAAAGCGCGGCCCGUCCACCCGGACUUUGUGGGUCGCGCAAAAAGUCAGGACUCACUAUGGCCUGCCGGAACUAAACUGAUGGUGCUGAUGUGCAACGCCACGAAAAGUGACAGCGGGAAAUACAGUUUUGUAUACGAGUUGACCGAAGGCGAGCGCUCGCUGUGGGCGGAGGCUUCUGCUGUUGUCACCGUGGAAGACAAUCCCUGCCCCGUCCGAAUAAGUCCACAGGAGACGCUUGAAGAACACCAGACCAUCAGUGUGAUGUGCAUGACCUCCAAGACGUGUCACUCAGAACCGCAAUUACUCGAUCACAAUCUUCUGACUCCGCCCAAUGGCGUGCAUCAUAUUCAGCAUGUGGCCUGGGCCCGUGUUGAGGUCGAUUGGCAGAAUGAUAGCCAGACGUUCAUGUGCCAGACGCAGGGAAACACCGACAAGUAUUUGAGGGCGUACAUCACUUUAGAUAUAAAAUACAGCCCCAAAAAUGUUCAUCUAAACCUCCCCGAAGGCGUCACGUACUUCCAAGAAGGAGACAACAUGACCUUGAUCUGCACCGCCAAGGGCAACCCCCGCCCCAGCUUAGAGUGGUUUCGAAAUGGCACAAAGUUGCCGGUGAAAGGGGCCACCUUGACUGUCCAGUCCGUCAGCAGCCAGCACGACGGACGCUACAAGUGCGUUGCCACAAACCGACUGGGAACAGAGUCGCACGUUAUUGCCGUCAACAUCAAAUACCCUUCGACCGUCGAGGUCCGUUCUUCCCGGACCAAGUUCAAGCAAGGCGAGGCCAUGACACUGUUGUGUCAGGUGAAUAAGAGAGGCAACCCCCGGCCCGAUAGCUUCACGUGGCACAAAGACGACAGACCGGUGGCGUCGCGGCAAAAUUUGACGGUGGCGUCGGUGCAGCCCGAGGACAUGGGACGGUACACGUGCGCCGCCUUCAACGCGGGCUUCAAAGACAUGAAAGCGACUUCGGCCGAGCUUCUCAUUGACGUGGAAUACCGGCCGCGCGAAACCAGCCUUUCCAUCAUGGGCUCAAGCAGCGCCAUGGUCAAAGCGGGCGCUUCGGUCCUGUUGCGGUGCGCCGCCGACGCCAACCCCAAGCCUGACGAGUAUGAUUGGUCGCUGCUCAGCCAAGACGGGCGCUCAUGGGAUAAGUUGUCCAAUGGCAGCGAGGAACAGUUUCUGGUAGGCCAGGUGUGGCCGAGCGACCGCCGGUGCUACUCGUGCCGCGCCAUCAACCAAGUUGGUGUCGGCGAAGACAGUCCACCGCUGUGCAUCCAAGUCAUGCACCGUCCGACAAACCUGCUGCUGUCCAUGCCCGACAAGGUCACCGAAGGCGACCAGGUUUCCGUGCGCUGCUCUGUGGAAAGCUUCCCGCUCUCCGACAUGAUUUUGACCAAGACGUCCGUCGACCAGUCAUCCAUGCGCUCUCUCACGAAUCAACUCGACGAGAGGACGCAAUACAAUCUCCUGACCUUCGGCUUUGUAGCCACCAGGGAAGACGCAGGAGUUUACACCUGCACGGCUGCCAACAGCGAAGGAAGCGAAAGCGCGCAGAAGACUUUGGAAGUCACGUAUGCUCCCAGAUACGCGUUGGUGAAAGCGGAUCCGUCCCCGGAGGUCGCCAAAAGCACGUCGUUGACGCUGCGCUGCGUCGCCGACUCGAACCCGCCCAUCCAUUCGGUGACAUGGUGGAAGGCGGACCAAAAUGUGAACCGGGGACAAACCUUGACCUUGUCGUCGGUGGCGCUUGCCGACGCCGGCGUCUACGCUUGCACGGCCGCCAACGAGUUGGGCUUGGCGAGGUCGGCCCCGGUCGAGGUCAAGGUCCACAACGGUCCAUCCGAACCGGUGCUUUGCAUGACGACCAAAGUGACCGAAGGCGAGCGGGUCAACAUGCUCUGCUCGGUGGAAAGCGACCCGCUCUCCACCCUCACCCUGACCAGGCAGUCAACCGUUUGGGCGCCCGUGUGGCCCGGCGCCAGUUCCCGUGGCAACGCCGUCCAAAACAACAUGUUGUCCCACACCUUCAAAGCCACCUCGGCGGACGGCGGCGUUUACACGUGCGAGGCCGACAACGGCUUGGGAAGACGGAGCACGCAAAAGACUUUGAAAGUCACGUAUGCUCCCAAAAACGUGAAAGUGAGAGCCGAGCCUUCUCUGUCGGUGAUGGAAAACGAGAUGGUGACGCUGCAGUGCGACGCCGACUCGGACCCGCCCGUCGAGUCGGUGAUAUGGUGGAAAGUGAACGGCACAGGGUCCCACAAUUUAUCCCGCGGUCAUAAUUUGACCAUCGCGUCCGUCACGCCCGCCGAGACGGGCUUCUACGCCUGUACGGCCACCAAUGAGGUGGGCUCGGAGAGAUCGCCUUCGGUGGAGAUCGACAUCAGCAGUUGAGUUUCGAAAGUUGAC